GAGAGCGCGCGGCAAUGAGAAAGGACUCUUUGUACACAUUCUCCGGGGUGCCUAUUGUUGAGGUAAUUCAGGGCAUUGGAACCUGACGAGAGUAGCAAAGAGUAGAAGUAGCCGGCGGAAAGGAAAAUUGUCCAGAAGCACAUACAUAAGAUCGAUUUCCUUCCCUCGAACUCGGAUACUUUAUUAGCAGUCGAGUGCCUUGCCGUUCCGACUGGAUCUGGACAACGUGGAAAAACGAUGCCCGUAUCGAAUGCAAUGGCUAACCCUAACCUGAACGCGUCGGAAUUUGAUCUCGCGCGUCGAGCACCAGAUUUUCCCUUUCCGCUCAAAAGCACUCUCGCAAUCAAGUCCCUCUGGUGAGCUCUACCAUUUUCGACCUCAGCCCCAAGAACGGCCGACGAUGGCACAAAGGAUACCUUCGUUCGUAUCGGCGGCCCGCUCAGUCGUCGCCGCUACAUCGCCGCCAAGUCGAAUAUACUGUAGCGCAUCGCCGUCGUUGUUUUUUCCUUCAGGCUUUUGCGCCGCGACCGUAGGGAAAAGUUGUUCGGCGGGUGCACGAUUCUUCUCCUCGAAGCGACCGGCGCAGGUCGCUAGCGUCCUUCUUAGGCAGCGGCAGUAUGUCGCCGACCAUUCGCUUCCUUCGCUGUCGAUAGUCUCUGGACUCUCGGGAUCUAUCGCAUGGCGGGGCAACCCACCGGCACGCGGAGUAGCCACCACAGUCACCCCAGACGCCGCCAGUCCCAUCAGCAACACCACUGCAACAACAGCACCCCAACCCUCCACAACCUCCUCCAACCACCACGACGCAAACUCGAACCCCGGCGAAGAGCAAACCGUCAGCAAACCCAUAGUCGGCUACUGGUACCUUUUCUGCGGCUCCCUGGUCUUCGGCAUCGUCGCCCUGGGCGGAUUCACGCGGCUUACGGAGAGCGGGUUAUCGAUCGUAGAGUGGAAUUUGAUCAAGGGGAUGAAACCGCCGCGGACGCAGGAGGAGUGGGAGGAGGAGUUUGAGAAGUACAAGCAGUUUCCGGAGUUCAAGCUGAUGAACCAUCGGAUGACGCUGCCGGAGUUCAAGUUUAUCUUUUAUAUGGAAUGGGCGCAUAGGAUGGUCGGGCGGUUCAUUGGGCUUUCGUUCAUCAUCCCUGGCGCAUACUUUGCUUACAAGGGAUACAUGAGCAAAACCAUCCGGAACAGAUCAUUACUCGUCGCGACACUCAUCGGGGCACAGGGCCUCCUCGGCUGGCUCAUGGUCCGCAGCGGCCUCUCCCCCGAACUCAUGGAAACCGCCCACGCUGUGCCACGCGUAAGCCACUAUUGGCUCACAGCUCACUUAGGGUCCGCGUUCACCAUCUACUCGAUCAUGCUCGUCACCGGCCUGGACAUUCUGCGCGCUAACCGCGUGAAGGCAUCCGUGGCCGUUGAGAACAGCGUCAAGGCGGCGUUGGCGACGGUUGAUGUAAGGCGGUUUGCGAAGUACUCGAGGGCGGUGGCUGGGUUGGUGUUUUUGACGGCGCUUUCAGGCGGCUUGGUAGCAGGCCUCGACGCCGGCCUCAUCUACAACGAGUUCCCUCAGAUGGGCGAAGGCCUCGUCCCCUCCGACAUGUGGGCCUACUCCACACAAACCGACCGUAACCCGAACCCCUUACCCUGGUGGCGGAACCUCCUAGAGAAUCCAGCUGCCGUGCAGUUCAACCAUCGCGUCAUGGCGAUGACAACUGCAACAACAAUCCUAACCCUCUUCCUCGCCUCCCGCCGCUUCACCCUCCCGCGGACUCCGCGUCUCGCGACCAACGCCCUGCUGGCCAUGGUGGGUGUGCAAGCGACGCUGGGGAUCUGCACACUGCUAUACUUUGUGCCGACCCCGUUGGCGGCGGCGCAUCAGAGCGGGUCGUUGACGCUGUUGAGUGUUGCGCUUUGGUUGAUGCAGAGUUUGAGGUAUGUUAGGAGGUAGUUGGGGGGAGGGAGUUGUAGGGUGAGGAUUUGCGUAGAGUGGGUGUUGUGAGGUGAUACAAACGUUUACAGAAGGGUGGGAGAACUCUACGCCAGUCGUAUAUAGAGUUUUUUUUUUACAAUUGUAUGCAACAUUGAGUCCAGUCAUCCGUUUCAUGUAUCAAACUUCUUCACCCGGUUCUGGAGAAUUGAAAAAACG